AUUGCCCAAUUCUCUACGCGUUCUGCCUCUUUUCUCCUUCUCUCCUUCUCUCUCUCUCUCAGACACACACACGCGCGCGAACACCUGCGCAGAGCCGGUGAAUCACGUCGACGCCGCUUCGCACUCCAGUCUCUCAUCCAUCCUGACAGCCAGAUCGCCUCCAUUUUAACCAGGAGCCUCUCCGCAGUGGAAAGAGGAUUCAUUGCCAUCAUCUGCAAGCACAAGAAGUGCGUUUCGAUUAAUAUUUCACAAGUUCCUUCUCGCUCUGUGUGGAUUGGCUGGCUCUCUUUUGUUUCCUGGAGGUGAAAUGAUGCUGAAGUGAUGCUGCGUCGCUGUUCCCACCCGCUGUAGAACAACAUCACCAUCAUCAUCAUGAGUAUGAGUCUGAUCGAAAAGCCCAAAAUGAGAGAUUCGGACUAACAAAUCCGAACGGCUGGUGAAGAUCUCAAGUGUUUAAACCCCUCAAUUUAACGUGCUGGAGAACGCCAUAGUGGCAGAAAUCAAACAAAGGCACAAAUGAAACUCUGCAACUGAGAAUAAGGCUCUGAGAAACAUUGUUACCACACACAAAUUCACUUACUGCUUAACACACACACACACACACAAUGGCACUGGACAACACCGGCUUCUCAUCGUGCGCCGAAUCCCUGUCCCUCCCAGUUCCAGGGAAAGGGGAGGAGCCUGUGGAGGAGGCCCCAAAGGAUGCUCCGCCCACCAAUGUACAGAACGUAUUCGAGGAGCUGGGGCAUGUCGUUACCACGGAGACAGCCCCGCCCACACAGCAACAGGCCAAUAACAGCAUGUCCUUCCAGGACAAGAUGGCAGCGAGGGAGGCACAAGCUAAUCAGCCAUUCAAGAAGAAAAUUCAAGGGGCAGUGCAAGAGAGGGGCAGGUUUGGAUGGGGACGCAACAAGCGUAAAAGACAGCGCUAUGUGGAGAAAAACGGCCGUUGUAAUGUGCAGCAUGGUAACAUGCGUAAGACAUACCGUUACCUGACGGAUAUCUUCACCACGCUGGUGGAUCUGAACUGGCGCUGCUCUCUGCUGGUCUUUGUCAUGGCGUAUGCUGUGACCUGGCUCUUCUUUGGAGCAAUAUGGUACCUCAUUGCAUACUGCAGGGGUGAUCUGGAUCAUUUGGAGGACGAGGCGUGGACUCCAUGUGUAAAUAAUGUUAAUGGAUUCAUCUCUGCGUUUCUUUUCUCCAUUGAAACGGAGACGACCAUUGGCUACGGUCACCGUGUCAUCACUGACCAGUGUCCAGUGGGCACCAUGUUACUCCUGCUACAGGCCAUACUGGGAUCUAUGGUCAAUGCAUUCAUGGUUGGUUGUAUGUUUGUGAAGAUCUCCCAGCCGAAUAAGCGUGCUGAGACCUUGGUGUUUUCUCGUAAUGCUGUCAUCUCAUUGCGGGAUGACAAGCUCUGUUUGAUGUUCCGCGUCGGGGACUUGAGAUCCUCCCACAUUGUGGGCGCCAACAUGAGAGCCAAACUUAUCAAAUCCAAACAGACACAGGAGGGUGAGUUUAUUCCGCUGGAUCAGACUGAUAUCAGUGUUGGUUUUGAGACGGGGGACGAUCGUCUCUUCCUGGUGUCUCCGUUAGUGAUCUCUCACGAGAUCGAUGUCCGCUCUCCGUUCUGGGACAUGUCACAAUCUCAGCUGGAGAAAGAGGACUUUGAGGUUGUUGUCAUCUUGGAGGGGAUGGUGGAAGCUACAGGAAUGACCUGUCAGGCACGGAGCUCUUACCUGGCUGAAGAACUGUUAUGGGGUCACAGGUUUAGUCCCAUGAUGACGCUCGCUGAGGGAUUCUUUGAUGUGGAUUAUGGGGCUUUUCACCACACUUUUGAGGUGGACACGCCCUCCUGUUCUGCGAGAGCACUGGCAUUGGCUGCCGCCCGUUUGGACGCUCAUCUCUAUUGGUCGAUCUCCAGUCGGCUUGAUGAAGAGAAAUGGGAGGAGCCUAAUACGACUGAGCAAACGGGGAAGUCCACUGAUUCAGAAUCUGUCAGGGAGGGAGAAAGGCCAACAUUUACUGUGGGCGGAGUUACAAAUACCCAGGACCAAUCGGUUGUAGGAGAGCAGAACGGCAGUGUGACCACUGACCAGUCAGAGUCUGAGGCUUAAAAGGAUGCACGAAUGUAAAAAGGUACGGAAAAUGUUUGAAGGAGUCCACAGUUGAUGUAAAUUUAACUUUAGAAUGGAUUGUUCAAUGAUCCAGGCCGCCUUCUUUGAGUUAUAUUUUUAAAUGUAUAGUCGCUAAUGCCUAGCAUAGAAUACUUUCCCCAAGGGGGAAAUCCUAGUGUCUCCUUGCUGUGUUUUCAGUCAGAUUAAAUCUUAAUUUUUGAUGUUUCACGACAACACCAACGCCUUUGAAUUCACUAGUAGCUAUAAUUCAAACUCUAGUGGGCUGCCUCACUGUCUGCCGUCUACUUAAGUAUCAUUCUAAAUGCUAUGAAACCUGUGACGCACACAUGCGGUGUUGUCUUAAAGGGAUAGUUCACCCAAAAA